GAUAAAAGCGAGUUUUCAACGUCUACCAAGCCAAACGGCACGACUUUUGUGACUCGGAAUACGUUCCUUCGACGAGUAGAAGACAACGUUUCAAGCCACACUUGAGUAUCGUGGCUGCUUGUCUACAUGCACCGUUGUCUCCAGAUACACGAAGUCCUAGAGCGUAUUGCUGAAUAUCUGGCUGAAAACCCACCACCAGAUGGCCAUGACUUCGUCCUUGAUUGGCCAGAGGUAGCGAGCGCCGCGGUCCUUGCAUUCGCUUUGACCUGUCGUACAUUCUGCAAGCCAGGUUUGGACGUAUUGUGGCGCAAAUUGGAAGAAUUGUACCCUUUGCCUUUUGCGUUCCAGCCCGGGAUAAAUCUUACUACUAAGAAUGAAGAUGGUGAUACUACGGUAACUAAUCUGAGCGGAAUUCCACGACCUGAUGACUGGGCCCGAUUCAGCCGUUAUGCAAAUCGAGUUCGGAUUCUCGGUUGCGAUUCUCUCGGGCGACGACAUAUCGAUGCGCGGAUACUCGCACUCUUGAGUAUUACUCGACCUUCGGAUUACAUUCUACCCAACCUUCAACACCUCAGUUGGCACGACCCGAGACCGGAGUACUCCAUUUACUCGUUGCUUUUCAUCUGUCCGGCUCUGACUGACAUCGAUAUCACCGUCGCCUCCGAUACCGUUGCCAUGAGCCUUCUGGAUACUCUUCGAUAUACAGCCCCUGCGCUGCGUUACGUGUCGCUAUCCUUAGAGGAUUUUGAAGCAUCGAAGGCGACACAGGAUCUACUUUCGCAAGCGUUGCGAUCGUGGAAAAAUCUGUGUUCAUUCAGACUAUGCGAACAGACGCAUAUUUUAUCUUUAUCUCGGGAUGACGUCCUCUAUCUCUCCAGACUCGCGAAUCUGCGAGAUUUUGAGGCGACGUUGGAAGAAGAGACAUUCAUUGCAGUACUAGCAACCGAGCCAAGACCAUUCUUUCCUAGCUUGACAUCUCUAGACCUACAUGCUUGCAAUUCGCGCGAACUGCUGGUUGCGGGUAAAUUCACCCAGGCCGUUCAAACGCAAGCCCUCAAAACCAUUCGGAUUGGCCUAUCAGAGCAACCUACUGCUCUUUCUGUGACAACCUACCUUGAAAAGGCCGUUGUGCAUCAUCGCUUGACUUCGUUGGCAUUACACUUAUAUCCACCAGUAACCUUCCAUUCGGAUGCCUACGUUCUCACCGAACAAGCGAUCACUCCAGUUUUUGCUCUCAAGUCACUUGAGUCUCUCCAUCUAGGCGGGUUUCCCUCUCGCUUCACGAAGGACACGUUUCAAAAAAUGGCACAAUUGUGGCCGGCCCUUGAGCAUCUAGACUGCGGUGAUCGGGUUGCUGCUGUACCCAUGUCAAUCAUUUCCGUCGUCGACCUAGAACCAUUUGCAUUGUAUUGUCCCAAGUUAAAAACUGCUUCUCUUCCCCUCAACAUAAUACUCCCUGCAGGGGCCCUCCACCCGACAAGAAGACAUGCACGACGUGUUUCGGACGUGUGCCUGACAAUUCGGAUUGGGAAUUCCAGGAUACAGGAUGCUCUUAAGAUGGCGGCAUACCUGACGAGUAUGUUUCCGAAGGUUGAUGUGAUGCCAGGUUUUCAUUCACUAGAUACCAGAGGGGAAAUGGAGGUCAAACGGCUCAGAUAUGCUUUGGAAGUGUUGAUAGCAGUGAGGGGACAGGAGAGAUUGAUAACAUUGGGGAACAGCUGAAUAAAGCAACCUUUGCUUCUCUUUGGGAGACCUGAAAAGCCGCCCUCGGACCACUCAUCGAUCACUCACCAUCCUACUCUAGGCUGUUUCUUGGCCUUUCAGGUUGAUACUUACAGAGUAGGUAAACGUGCCCAAUGGCGCCGCGGAAAGUCUGCUACGCAGUAUAAAUACUUUCUCGCCUUGAUAUGAACACUUGCUGUCACACCCACGCCUGCUAUCGAUUCCAGGACGAUUCAAGAGUUCAUAUCACUUAAUCAUAUGCCGAUCGUGUUGAGAAGGGAAACAAGGAGAGAUUUAUGACUUCAAGGAACCGACAAUGUCUCGGGUGCAUGCGUAGCAGGUUUAGUAAUGUCUCCGAAGGGAUAAUUCAGAAGAUGUUUCG